AUGCAUGUGUCACUGGCAGAGGCUCUGGAGGUUCGAGGGGGACCACUGCAAGAAGAGGAAAUAUGGGCAAUUUUGAAUCAAAGUGCAGAGAGCCUUCAAGAACUAUUCAGAAAAGCUGAUCCUACUACUCUGGGCUUCAUCAUUUCUCCAUGGUCUCUCCUGUUGCUACCAUCUGGGAGUGUAUCAUUUACUGAUGAAAAUGUCUCCCAACAAGACCUGCGAGCGUUCACAGCACCGGAGGUUCUGCAGAACCAUUCUCUCUCCUCUCUGUCGGACGUUGAAAAGGUCCAUAUUUACUCCCUUGGCAUGGCACUCUUCUGGGGAGCUGAUCAUGAAGUUCCUCAAAGUCAGCCUAUCAAACUUGGAGAUCAUCUCAACAGCAUACUCCUUGGCAUGUGUGAAGAUGUCAUUUAUGCCCGUGUGUCUGUACGGACUGUUCUGGAUGCUUGCAGUGCCCACAUAAGGAACAGUAACUGUGCCCCUUCUUUUUCAUACGUGAAACAAUUGGUCAAACUGGUUCUGGGAAGCCUGUCUGGGGUGGAUCAGCUUUCUUGCAAUGGAGAUAGAAAACUGCAGCCAGACAGGAGCCAGGCUAUUCGUGAGAGGUUGAGGGGAAAAGGACUUCCCACAGGAAAAACAUUGGUGGUUGAUGCUCCUGAUGGACACAAAGCUCACUUCUCUCAACAGACUGUGCUUAACAAAGGACUUAGCAAGUCUAUGGGAUUUCUGUCCAUUAGAGGAACACAAGAUGAGGAAGAGUUUUUCCAGGGCAUUUCUGCAGGUUACAACUCGGGACAGGAAGAUAUUUUCUAUCCUGGUCGAUGUAAAACCAGUGAGUCUGAAAAAAAAGGUCACCUUCAUACAGAUGUCGCUCCCAAGCGGAAAGUAUGGGCUUCCUCCACAGACUUGCUCUGCACAACUGACAGUACAGCUGAGAGAGACCAUGCUGGAGGUUCUCACGGGCACAACCAUCAGUGUGAAACAUUUACAGUACGGACUUCUACUACUCCCAGAAACAAGGAAGCAAGAUACUCUGACGGGAGCAUAGCGCUGGAUGUCUUCGGACCACAAAAACUGGACCAAACACGCCAUGUGCCUGAGACAUCAACUUCUGCAGCAAUCUCAAGUGCCUUUGACAGGAUAAGAGAGAGACAGAAGAAGUUGCAGCUUCUGAGGGAAGCUAUGAGUGUAGAAG